AUGGAUAAGCAGAAGAUUGCUCAUCUACAGGCAUUCCUGAACGACAAGCUUGCCGCUCUUAGAAGCGAAGAAACCAAGAUCAGAUCCAACAUGGCCUCGUGGGUUGCUCUUACCGACUUGACCAAGCGCCUGCAAGAAGAAUUCCCAGAUCUCAAAGACCCCAUCGACCUUUCCGCUGCCAAAGCCAAUGAUCAACUCGACUGCAGCAAACUUCUCAUGCACCACGACAUUUACAUCGUACAAGUUCAUGCCAACAUGAAGGAGAACUACAAGCAAAUUCUCAAGCUGAUGGACGAGGCCCAGGCAGCUGUCGAUCAGUUGAAGAAGAUCGACAAGCACAACGAGAAGUUGGGUAUCGUCACGGACGUCCUAAAGGGACUUGAGAAACCUAGAACCGAUUGGGAGGCGACUAUCAAGAGACUCGCCAACAUGAUCCAAACCCUUGGAUGA